AUGUACACGAAAAAUGAUAUCAUUGCUGAUAUCAUUGAUCCCGAUAUCAAUACGAAUGAUCAUAUAGCAUCUACUAAUAAUUAUGGAGGAUCUUUUGAAGGUCCCGAAAAAUUACUCGAAGUAUGGUUUGGAGCGUCACCGGAAAUUGCUACCAAAAAUCAAAAUGAUAAUAGUGGUAACGAUAUUAAUAAUGUUGCCGAAAAAGAUGAAAAUGUAAACAGAUCAAAAAGAACAGGCCUCAGACAAGUAGAAACACAGCACUGGAAAGAAAUGCUAACGAUUGUGAAUUGUCAAAUAUUAUCCGUCAUUUCGAAUCAUCACGUGGAUGCUUAUUUGUUGAGUGAAUCAUCAAUGUUCGUCUACCCACACAAACUCAUUCUGAAAACGUGUGGUACCACAAAAUUACUAUUGGCGAUACCACAACUCUUAAAAAUCGCGGCAGAACGUUGUCAUUUUUUCGGAGUAUGGAGAGUAUUUUAUUCGCGGAAGAGUUUUAUGUUUCCCGAACGGCAGUUGCAUCCGCAUAAAGAUUGGAAAGAUGAAGUUACUUAUUUGGAGAAGCUUUUCGCCGCAUACAUAGUCGGUAGAAUUAACGGCGAUCAUUGGAAUCUAUACCUUACCUCACCACAAGAUGACGUUCUACUUGAUCAUAAAUAUCAACAUUUAACUCCCGCCAUUACCACAACAACCACCACCUCUAGAACACCAUCUCCUCAUCAUAUCCCCGAGCCACCAGUCAUUGACACACAUCCACCUUCAACUUUUCUUUCUGAUUCUGAAAAAGAAUUAGAACAAGACACAUUAUCACCCACAACCAUUAAAGCCAUCAUGACAACUGCGUCCGAAUUUCAAGACCAAACAAUUGAAAUUUUGAUGACAAACCUAGAAAAAUCUAGCGUUCAAAAAUUUUAUCAGAGUAAUUCAAAAAAAGAAAACGGUGAUGAUGAUAAUGAAGGCGGCGCUAAAAGUGGUGCGCGUAUCAAUAGAGAAUCCGGAAUUGCAGAUUUAUACCCGGAAGCGAAACUCGAUUCGUUUCUGUUUACUCCGUGUGGAUACUCUGCGAAUGCACUUCUCGACGAGAAUUAUUUCACAGUGCAUGUUACUCCGGAGCCGUCGUGCUCCUAUGCAUCUUUUGAAUCUAAUGUUCCUUUAUCAUUCUAUCAGAAUCUUGAUAAUAAUCCUAGCAUUCGUUCGACAGUGUCAGACUUAAUAAAAAGGGUCAUCUCCAUAUUCAAUCCGGGUAAAUUCAGUGUUACCUUAUUCACCAGCACCGACUCGCGUAGGGAUAAAAGACAUUUGGUGGCUUCUUUGGGUGAUGAUAUCGUGGGAUUUAUUAGAAAAGACCGUAUUUUGAGCCGUUCCCGUUCCUAUUCUAAGAGUCGCUCACGUUCUUUAUCGUACUCACGAAGUCGCUCUCGUUCCCUACCACCUUCACGUAGUAGGAGAGGCGCCUCUUCGCCUGCACCACCAACAAAGAUUAUCGUAGAAAAGUUGACAAAAAACGUGACUGUGGCACAUUUGCAAGAGAUUUUUGGGACGUUUGGAAAUAUUAUUCAUAUUGAUUUGCCGAUCAAUAAGAAAUGGAAUGCCAAUAGGGGUAUCGCGUAUAUUGAAUAUUCUACCAAGAUGGAAGCCGAGAGGGCUAUAAGCUAUAUGGAUGGGGGACAACUUGAUGGAUCUGAAUUAGCUUGUGCAUUUGUGCCAAGACGUCCUUCUCCUCCUCCAGUGCCAGCACGUCGCAGAGUAGAUACUCCAGAUCUAGAUCUCCGGUUCGUAGUAGACGACGUUCAUAUUCUUCGAGUUCGUAUAGUUCACGUAGUAGAUCUAGAACUCCGUAUUCGAGGAGUAGAAGUAGAAGUUAUUCGCUCAGUCGAUCGAGGAGUCCUUCUCGAAGUCGAACUAGAAGCCGUAGUCUGA